AUGGGCAUUGAAGAUGACAACAUUAAGUAUUUCCGGGACAAAGUCGAAUGGUACGACAACAAUCCCAAGAACAAAAAAGUACAAGAGGCUGUUUCGAAAGCUUUUGAGGAUUAUCACUCCUGGAUUGGAGUCAAUUGGAUCACGCCGGAGGAAAGGUUGGCUGAGAGCAGAGAGGUCCGCUUGUUGGACUAUGCUUGCGGUACUGGAAUAGUGACACGACGACUUGGACCCCACAUUACUCACGCCAUAGGUAUUGAUAUAACGCCCGAAAUGGUGGACGCAUUCAACAAAAAGGUGUCUGAUGCGGGUAUACCGUUGUCAAAUAUUUCGGCAGUAACAGGCAACCUCUUGAGAGAUCCAGUGGAGCCUGUAGAACUCAUGCAGGAUAAAUACUUCAACUUCGAUAUCGCCUGUAUCGGGUUGGGUUUCCACCAUUUCGAAGAUCCUGCAGAUGCCGCAAAAAAGCUAGCAACACGCCUUAAGCCAGGAGGUGUACUACUUCUGAUCGAUCUUCUGUCAGAUGACGGAACUGCAUUUAAUGAUCACGAUGCAGUCAAAUCCAUCCAGAAACAUGGCUUCACGGAAUCUGAUAUGCAGAAAAUAUACGAUAAUGCAGGCCUGUCAAGGUUCAGCUUCAAGGUCAUGGACGAGAAGAUGGUCUUGGAGGGUAAGAACGGGCAGAACGUUUCAAGGACAUUAUUCUUUGCCAGGGGUGAGAAGCUCACAGGCUGA